CUGUGGGCCGCGGCGCUGCCAGCCGCCGUCCCGGGAAGCCGCUCUGCGUGCGGCACCGGGAACUCGCGGUUCGGCAGCCGGGCGGGAGCCGUGACCAGUCACGGAGAGGAAAAUCUGAUUUGCAUCGGGGGCCGGGCCUGACGUCAGGCGGAGCAGGAAGCGGCGCUGGGAGCCGCCGGGGAUCGCGGGCCUGCCGGGCUGGGACGGGCUGCCAGGGCAGGCCCCGGGGCAGAGGAGGCUCUGCGGGCGAAGAGGACAGGCCGGAGGGCUGCCGGCGGGGCAGCGAGGGCUGUGCGGACAGGCACGGCGCGGCCAUGGCCCUGCCGCAGCCGCCCCUCGCCCCCAGGGCGGGCUCGGCCCCGGCGCUCUACAUCCACAGCAUGCCCGCCUGGGUGCUGGAGGACUUCUGCCAGAAGAUGGACUGCCUGAGCGACUACGACUGGAUGCGGUUCGCCUCCUAUGUGAUCACUGAUCAAACAGAGCUACGGAAAAUCAAGUGCAUGGAGAAGACAGGGAUCAGCAUCACGAGGGAGCUCAUGUGGUGGUGGGGAGUGAGGCUGGCGACAGUGCAGCAGCUCCUGGACCUGCUGCAAGGGCUGCAGCUUUACCGAGCAGCUCAGGUCAUCCUGGACUGGACAUCAGCCUCUAGCAUCACCCUCCCUGAGAAAGAAGAGCCAGAGCCACCCAAACAGAUCGUAUCUGUACCUCCCACAGAAGGCAAAAGGAGCGACAAAGAAAGUGCCCUAAGUUUGUUGCCAUCCCCAGACUCCUCGCACCUGGGAGCAGCCCCUUCAGGCAUUUCAGGUGCUGUUUCUGAAGGAGCCUUGUAUUCCCUCCCUGCUCCACCACCUCCCCCAAGAGACCUUUUGAAUUCCCUACAGUCCAAUCCUCCUGUUCUAUCGAGUGUGAAGCCUUGCAGCUCUUCUGCUCCUCAGCAGGAGACGAUGGCUGAUCUCCCGAGCGGGAGUCUCCUGUGGACCCAGAGGGAAAUUGCCAACGCCACCAACAGCUUCAGUGACAAGAACAGGAUCUGUGAAGGUGCCUUUGCAGAUGUCUACAAAGGCCAGAGGAACAACGUGGUGCUUGUCGUCAAAAGGCUCAAAGAGCUGGAGUGCACAAGCCCAAAUUCCACCCAGAGGUUCUUUCAUACAGAAGUGCAGAUUUGCUUUCGGUGUUGUCACAUAAACAUUCUGCAGCUGCUGGGGUUCUCGGUGGAAGCCGGAUCGCACUGUCUGAUAUAUCCGCACUUGCCCAACGGCUCCCUGCAAAACAAGCUCCAGUGCCACGAUGAUUCUGCUCCACUGACCUGGGAGAUGCGCAUUAGGAUUUCUUUAGGAGUUGUCAGAGCAGUGGAAUAUUUGCAUAAUUUUGGAAUUCUUCAUGGGAAUAUCAAGAGCUCAAAUGUCUUGUUGGAUGAAAACUUUACACCGAAGCUCGGGCAUUCUGGACUGCGGUUGCAGUCUUCUGAUAAAAAAUCAGAAUAUGCCAUGAUGAAAACCAAAGUCCUGCAAGCUUCUCUUUCUUACCUGCCAGAAGAUUUCAUCAGACAUGGGCAGUUAACAGAAAAAGUGGAUAUAUUCAGCUGUGGUGUGGUCUUAGCAGAGAUACUGACUGGGAUUAAGGCACUGGAUGAAGACAGAAACCCGAUUCACCUGAAAGAUAUGAUUGCUGACGAAAUUCAAACAGCAAAAGAAAGCUCAAACUCCAAAGUAAAAAACUUGGAAAAACUGGCUGCCAAGGAAAUCUGCUGCAAAUACCUAGACAGAAAAGCAGGGCACUUGCUGGAAGAGGUGGCUGUUGAUUUUGCAUCAGCCAUCUGCCUUUGUCUGAGAAAGAAGAAUUCGAACAUAGCAGAGGUGCGUGAAAUGAUGGAAAUGGCUGAAAACAAAUUAAGAGAGCAUUACGUCUGUGGAAGCAGCACUUCUGGAUUCUCCAUGAACACUCCAGAAGAAACUGAUGAUGAGACAGCCAGUGUGAGCGUGGAUGUGCCUUCGGCAGAGGGGAACAAGGAGGAGAGCAGCCAGGCAGCAGUGCCUUCCCUGGCAGCUGUGGCACCCCACACCUGCGGCAUCUACGUGUCACGGGUCCCCUGUGAAUCAGAUGAGUCCAGCAGUUUCCUAUGGGAUCCUCCAGAAAAGCCCACAGAGGAGUCACCCAGCCACAAGUGCAGCAGUUCAGACAGAGCGGCAGGCUGUGAUUACGGGCUCAGGCAGGGAAAGCCUGCCCAGGGGCUGCAGGAGAGCAGCCUGGCGUGCGCCCGAGGCGAUGGCAUCCUGGAGCCAGCAGCUGCUGCACAGGGCACCUGCCCGCAGGGAAACACCGACCCGGACUCUGCGUGUGCUCCUCAAGCUUUAGCCAGAGAGACGUCUUGGAAAAUACAGAUAAAUGAUCAAAAAAAGAAGCUCAUGGAAAAUAUUUUGCUGUAUGAAGAGGACAAGUUAAACAGUUCUGAACUUUUUGAAUCAUAAAUUGGAUGGAUUAAUUAGCAGUGGCAAGCUCAGAAGAAGAAAUAAGGACUGUCUCCUCAUUAGAAAGAUGAUAAAAGUGCACUUUUCACAUACGAUUAGGUAGCAGAUUUCGAUCAGGAACACUAGCCCUGACUGGAGGAAACAAGAAGUACCGCAUGGAGGAGCACCAGAAAAUACCUGUUCUGUAUCAGAUUAAAGCACAGCCCCACUCUGUACACAGAAAUGCCUUCUGCCUUUCCAUCUGCAGUGUGAAAAGGAAUGGCAAAGGCAAGAAUGGCAAGCACAUAAUAAUUUGUGUUGGUUUUCAGCGUGUUUCAGGAGGCAGCUGUUGGUCUCGCUGACCCGCGGUUACGGAGCAGACGCUGACCCGCGGCAGGCAGCAAUCCCCCUCUGCCUGCAGGGACAGGGAUCCUCAGAGCCCCUCGGAGGGACAGGGAUCCUCAGAGCCCCUCGGAGGGACAGGGAUCCUCAGAGCCCCUCGGAGGGACAGGGAUCCUCAGAGCCCCUUGGAAGGACAGGGAUCCUCAGAGCCCCUCGGAGGGACAGGGAUCCUCAGAGCCCCUCGGAGGUUUGCAGUGGCUCUCCUGUUCGUUCAGCCUUCCUCCACACACUCAGACCCAGUGCAGUGCCAGAGACAGGGAUUUCUGUGCAGUUCUCAGGACGCUGUGCACAGCUUCACCUCGGUUUGGACUGUGCUGACCACAAGUGAAGGUAAUUAACUUCAGCCCCUUCCCCUCUGAGCUUCCCUCCACACCGACAGCACUUAAGCCCAACCUUUCAGUUCACUGUUGGGAGCUCUGGGACCAUGUUCAAUAUUCCAUAGGGGUAUUUUUGGGAAUUAUUUUUCUCAAAGUGUCCUUUACAUGGUAAUGUUUCUCAUUGUGUUUCACGUGAUAACUGUUGUAUACUUUGGAUUAGGGAAAAGAUUUUAAUUUAAAAUAGCUUUGAUUUUUUUAUAGGACACUUGAAACAUAAUUUGUUGUAUUUAUUUUGGCAAUGGGUCAAAUAUAAGCUAAUUAUGAUGGUUCCACACUCACCAGGCAUUCUCAGAAGAACCUUGUGGGUGUCCCUUAGUUGUAGGAGCAGGCCCAGGGAUCACAUGCAAAACAAAAACCAGAAACUUGUAUGCUGGUGUAUUUAUGAUCAAGUGAAAGCCCCCUUAAGAAAGUAUUUUGUUUUUGUGAUAUUUAUUACUAUUUUAUUUUAUUAAAAUUUUAUUAUUGCUAGCAUAUUCCACUUGUGUACAGUAUAGGGAAAAACAGGUUUAUUAUGGACCAAAAGAAUUAUCAGAGCAUGUAGCUCAGUUUACAGACAGGUGAGCUGCCUGCUGAGCACGGGGAACAGGGCCUGAAGUGCAGAAAUGGCUGCAAUUCACAGUGCAGGUCAGGGAACAAAAAUAAAAUUAAUUAUAUGCAAUUCUUUUCAGUGGAAUUGUUUACUAGUAUGUAUUCCUAGCUUUACACAAAGAACUGUUUAACUUCUAUUUUUGUACAGUACCUAUUUCAUUGUAUGUAUUAUUAUGAGCAAGUAAAAGUAUUUUAGCUAAAGACCUGUAUACUGGAAUUACCUACACAUUUCUCAUUAUUCUCUACACUAAAAACUGGUACAAUUCCUUAAUUAAAAGUGCCUUGGAUACUGUCUUUGUA